GCGAGGACAGCCACCAGAUUUAAUAUAAUUUUUUCUUGCCAAGCUAGCAUUUAAAUUAUAAUGAUUGGAUCUUAAGCGGCAGAUUCGAAAACCAGUUCGCAAACCAUGGUUUCUUUCGGGGUUUAAGUAAUAUUGGGUGUAAUGAAUACCUUUGAUUUUUCCUAGGUCUAGGAAGUGUGAAGCUGCUUCUACAAUAGGUACAAUUUGUGUUGCACAAGUGCAAAUAAAUUGUACUUGGUUGCGCGCGCAACACAAAUUGUACCUAUUGUAGAAGCAGCUUAAAGUGUGUUACAUUUACUUACCAAUCCCUGCUGUACAUUUCCAGUUGCCGGUUUCACCACUAAUUAUGGCUUUGACGCAAACAAAAAUUGAUAUAUUGAACAUUAUUACACAUUUAUAUUAUAUUUAUAUGAUUGACGUUUUUCUCACAUUUUGAUGAGAAUGAAUCCAGUAAAUUUAAAUUCAAUGAAGAAGAAGUUGAUUUAAUUAUGCCGAAAGAUCAAAUAAUGUUACAACGAUCAAUGUGGAUGCAAUCACUCUCUCUAUCGACAUUGAAAAUGAAUAAUAUUUGAGCUGCUUCACUUGCAGUUGGCGCAACGGGUUUUUAGAAUAGUUCAAAACGUCCUUCUAUAUUUUAUGUGAAUAAUAAACCUUAAAUUUUCGAUACAACGAGAACGGAAAUUAUUGAAAGUAUCGAUGGUCUGAAAUAUAAAAGCCUGCGAGAGAGGACGAAAUUUUAUUCAUAUUGCACCUGAAACUAUCAUAGGAGAAGAGUUGGCGCAACGUGAUUUUGGUAUAGCUUAAAACAUCUUUCUAUAUUUUAUGUGUAUAAUAAACGUGGAAUUUUUAAUGCAACGAGAGCGGAAAUUAUUGAAAGUAUCGAAGGUCUGGUAAUUGCUAAGAAUUUGUUAAUGUGGAUGGAAAAUUUCACUAGUCUUUGAUUGAGUCAAAUUUUAAAUGUGUAUUAUUCUAACCGAAGAAUUUCAUUCAAUAGAAAUAUAAAAGCCUGCGAGAGAGGACGAGAUUUUAUUCAUAUUGCACCUGAAACUAUCAUAGAAGAGGAGAUCCUCAAAAUCGGUGGAAGCAAUUAAAAGUAUCGUUUAAUGGACACCAUAAAAAUUCGAAUACAGGAUGGUACUUAUACGAGGAUAUGCUGUUCACGGCGGAGCAUAGCAGAGUAAAAAGACCAAAGACCGUACUUCAUCCACAGCUAUCAGUAGUAGAUUUUAAUUUGCCUCAGGCACCAAAUGUUUCAUGGCAUCAGACAUCACAGUUUUAUGACAGUUCAGAUGAAUCUCCAAAGUUAUGUGGCCUACAGAAUGUCGCAAAAUCGUCAGAAGCAUCUCAACAGAUGUCAUUAGAUUCUUAUGAGAAUGUGGGAAAAUCCGCUAUAGCUUGUGACGUAGAGUAUGUUGAAGACAAUAAUUUCCUCGAAAAUGAUGAGGACAUAAAAAUGGAAUCGUACUCCGAAUAUGACGUACUUCAGUAUGAUGGCGAACUUAUUGCAGUGGACGAUAGCUGUAAAUCAAAUGAUUCUAUUUCAUCGCAUAAAGAAAAUAUGAAAGAAACGUCAAAUACUUCUGAUUAUUUGUCUCACAAUUUCAAAUCGUUUCCCGAGGAACAACCAACGUCACAAAUGCUCUCUGAAGUGGAGUCGUCUAAACAGAUACCAAAAAAAUUUAAAAUGUCUCCCAUAACCUCUGUACAAACAUCAAUUUUUCCACCAAAAGUACAUCCUUCUGAAUUUUUAUCAUUACAUGAGGCUCCAUCUCCAACUGCUGAAUUGCAACCUUCAGGGGAACAAUCUUCAACAAAUUGUGUCAUUUCCAAACCUACUGUACCACUUUCAAUAACAUCCGCGUUUUCCCCAAUGUGUUCGCCAUACACAAAAUUGCAGUCACCAAGGGUUAAGUCUCCAACAAUUACUGAUAUUUCGAAACCUUCUGUGCCAUUUUCACUAACAUCGUCAUUUUCUCCAAUCCGUUUUCCCGUAACAGACUUGGAAGCAUCAGGAGUCAAAUCCUCUACACUUUCUGGUAUUCCAAAACCUACUGUGCCAUUUUCACCAACAUCGUCAUUUUUUCCAAUACCUUCUCCAUUUGCAGAAUUGCAAUUAGCAGGGGUAAAAUCUUCUACUACUGUACAACCUAAUGUGCCAUUAUCAUCAUCAUUGCCGGCGUCUUCUAUACGUUUGACACUCGCUAAAUUGCAAUCACCAGGAGUAAAAAGUUCUCCAAGUUCUACUACUACAGAACCUUAUGUGCCAUUAUCACCAGCAUCGUCAGCUUCUCCUAUACGUUCGCCAGUCGCUACAUUUAAAUCAUCUGGGGUAAAAUCUUCGACAAUGACUACUAUUCCAAAAUCUGCAAUGACAUUUUCAUCAAAGUCUUCGGCUUCUCCAAUCCAUUUUCCUUUUGCUGAUUUACAAUCCUCAUCAAUUCCCAUAACUUCGAAACAUGAUGUGCCAUUCUCUUUGCCUACAUCGCAAUUUCGAUUAUUCUCUCCUCCACCACCACCUGCUACUCUGAAUCCUGUUUCGAAUCGCUUUCAUGAUUCCGACGAAGUGGCCGACUUUAUAUUUGAGGAAUCAGCGGAACUGUUAUCGGCGCAUUCUUCACGUCAGAUAUCUUCAACAAUACAUGCCCAACCUUCAAAUGCUAAAUAUCAAAAUAAAAAACAUUUUAAUCCUACUACUAUAUUAGGGAGACAAAUGAGAGUAGCUGAUAUUCCUAAAAGUGAUCUAACUAAAAAAACGAAGGUUACUCCACCAAUUGAUCGUUUUGCGAGACAAAAGAAAAAGCAAAACGAAAUGUCCAGAAUAAAUAAAACUUUAUUAAAAUCACAAAGUGAUUUACAUCAAAUCACAACAGUCUUUACAAAGUGCAUGUCUGUGCAACAGCAAGUUUUGCAAAAUCAGUUGCAUAGGGAUAGGGAGAAAGAGAGAGAAAAGUCUGAAGUUAGAGCCGAUCCUCUUUUUAAUUUAUUUAUCCAUAAGUGGGAUUUAUUGAGUGAUGAAAAGCAAGAUGAGUUGUUCAUCGCUGCCUUGGACAUUAUAAGUAAACGUCAAUAAGUGUAAAACAUAUUUCCCUCUGAUCAUUUCUUUAAUUUCUUACUUUCAACCACCGUCAGUGCAUUUCAUCACGGACGAUGUCUCCUACUCAGGAAAUAUCCUUUUGCACAUUUUGAUCUGUAACUUUCUUAUUUUCGAAUAUACCCGCUAUUUUCUUGUGUUCAUUUUUUUUAUUUCCACACUUGCUACUGUAAUGGUGAUUCUGUAACUCAGAAAGUAGUAGGCGAAUUUUUAUACGUGUUUUCUUCAUUUACUUUCAUAUAUUCAAUAUGUUUGUAUGUUUUAAGAAAGAGAU